AUGAGGACCACCACGCAACCCAACCCACUGGCCCUCUCCGCCAGGUCAGCUAUAUCCACAGUGACUACUACCAAGCAGUGGUCAGACAAUCCAGAGGUGACCCAGGUGGUUCCUCAUCAGUCUCAGGUCAGCGGCCACUCCCCUGGCCCCUCCUCUGGCCCCCCGUCAGGGUCCUAUGAGCAGGGAGGAGGAGGGGGAGGCGGAGUUUACAGUGAUAUCCUGAUGGACUAUGUAUGGGGGAAGCAGCAGCAGCAGCAGAGACAGGUCCAACAGGUCCAACAGGUCCAUGGGACAUCUCCCAGGGCCCCAGCACGUCUCUGGGGGCCCGCCAGCCUACUCCAGCCCCCUGAUGCUCCGGGGAAACUUGGAGAGCCACGCCGGGUCAAGGUAACCCGUACCAAGUCAUGUGGUCCAUUCAUCCCUCUCCAGCACCACCAGAAUGAGGUACUCCACUUCUCCUCUUACACCUCCUCCUCUUCUGACCCUCCUCUUCCUCCCACCUCCUCCUCCUCCUCGACCGGGACCUCCACAGCUGCCCUGUACCCCCACCAGGGGUCUGGGGUUGAGUCCCAAAAGCACCAGCAUGGGUCUGGAUCAGGACCCGGUCUCAAUCUGAACCACAACCACCAGCUCGGACCACCCCAGUACUCUGACUCCGUCACCCCAGACGACCCCAUCCGCAGCCUGCACAAGGCCCUGGCUCUGGAGGGCCUGAGGGACUGGUACCUGAGGAACAGCCUGGGUGGAGUGGCGGUGGGGGGGAAGGUACAGGGGCAGGACAACAGGGGGUCCCCCAGGAGGCGUACCACGAACUCCCUGCACGGGUCACACCCUCAGCAUCUCCCACACCAGCCCCAGAUCUACCAGGGAGACCGAGACAGAGACUACCCUCCCUGCCACCUGCCACAGUCACAGACCUUCCACGGGCAUCCACUACAUGGCAGGUCUCUGUAUCAGGAGGCCUUCCCAUCCCAGAUGCAGGAGCUGACCCUGAAAGAACCCAGCACUGACAGAGGUGAUCUGCCUACCCCGGGUACACUGGUCUAACAACAACAACAGAGGUGACCUGCCUACCCCGGGUACACUGGUCUAACAACAACAACAACAACAACAGAGGU